GGGACGAGGAGUGGGGGUGGGGAGAACUGUGUUUUGGCUCCCGUGCCGGCUAAGAACUGGGUAAGGUAAGGCCUCGUCUUCGCCGGUCGAGUUUCUCUCACAUUCCACUCUCGCCCUGGGUCCUGCGUGCGGACGCCAUAUAGCCCAGCGGGCCCAUAGGAGACGAGCAUCGGAGACCGAAGACAGUCAGCGAGCUGGAACCCAGGCGUCCCGUUUGGAAGUGUCCAAGGAGGUCGCCCCAAGUGCGCCAGCCGAGUCUUGGGAGAGUUUCCUUCUGGCCGAGAGGGGGAGCCCCGCGUUCCCAGCCGGGAGCGACCCGGAGUCCCGAGCCCCAGCCGCCAGCUAGCGCCAGUUUUGGCUUCAGCCGAUUAGGAAGAGGAGGGAGGGGACCGGAGCCGGAGGGUCCCGAGUCCAGCUCGCUGUUGACGUAGAGAAACUUUCCCUCUCGUCCACGGAAACGGCGCCCCGGCUGCGCCAGAGCGGAGGUCGCCAGGAUCCGAGGACGCGGCGGCUCUGCCUGUCCCUGCCCGGAGCCUGACCCGACUGCAUCAGUCAGUAAGUUAUGUGUAAUUUCAUCUGAUAUACACAAGAGAGAAAGUAAUUGAAGGCAAAUUCAGAUGGGAACUGUAUGAUUGAAAGUCAAGUGUCUGCAUAUUCCUUCAACUAUAUUUGAACAUACCUACCCAGGAUAUAAAGUGUGAUUGAACUGAACAUCUAUUUGGUUGAUCCUCAUCAUGAACCGUGCUUUUAGCAGGAAGAAAGACAAAACAUGGAUGCAUACGCCAGAGGCUUUAUCAAAACAUUACAUUCCCUAUAAUGCAAAGUUUCUUGGCAGCACAGAAGUGGAGCAGCCCAAAGGAACAGAAGUUGUGAGAGAUGCUGUAAGGAAACUAAAGUUUGCAAGACAUAUCAAGAAAUCUGAAGGCCAGAAAAUUCCUAAAGUUGAGUUGCAAAUAUCAAUUUAUGGAGUAAAAAUUCUAGAACCCAAAACAAAGGAAGUUCAACACAAUUGCCAGCUUCACAGAAUAUCAUUUUGUGCAGAUGAUAAAACUGACAAGAGGAUAUUCACUUUCAUAUGCAAAGAUUCUGAGUCAAAUAAACAUUUGUGCUAUGUAUUUGACAGUGAAAAGUGUGCUGAAGAGAUAACUUUAACAAUUGGUCAAGCAUUUGACCUGGCGUACAGGAAAUUUCUAGAAUCUGGAGGAAAAGACGUUGAAACAAGAAAACAGAUUGCAGUGUUACAGAAAAGAAUUCAAGACUUAGAAGCAGAAAAUAUGGAACUUAAAAACAAAGUACAAGAUUUGGAAAACCAGUUGAGAAUAACCCAAGUAUCAACAUCUCCACUGCUGCACAAAAUGUCUGAUCAUGGGCAACACGGGUUUCAGAGAUGCUCACCUUCUUUCUGGCAUAGAACUGAUGAUUCAUCUCCCUGUCUAAAUAUUUCUUCCAUUACUGUCACUCCUGUCAACUCGCCUGAUUCCAGACUAUCACUGGGACUGUUAAUACCACCACCUUCUAAAUGUGGCCUUCCCAAGCCAAUCAGUGAGAGCAGCAUCCCAAGACCUCAUGCAGGCAAUGUGACACCUAAAUCUCCCUCCACUGACAUCUUUGAUAUGAUUCCGUUUUCUCCAAUUUCACACCAGUCUUCAAUACCUACUCGCAAUGGCACACAGCCACCUCCAGUCCCUAGUAGAUCUACCGAGAUUAAACGGGACCUGUUUGGAGCAGAACCUUUUGACCCAUUUAACUGUGGAGCAGGGGAUUUCCCUCCAGAUAUUCAAUCAAAAUUAGAUGAGAUGCAGGAGGGGUUCAAAAUGGGACUAACUCUUGAAGGCACAGUAUUUUGUCUUGACCCAUUAGACAGCAGGUGCUGAUGUCAAGAAAAAGAGGUCUUGAAUCUGUUAAAUUUGUUUUGUAUACAUAUCUAUUAUUCAUUAUUACUUAUGACAGGUAUUAUACAUGUACCAAUAUAUUUUUGAAUCUCAUAACUUUCUGAAAAUUAUUUCAGUAAAAUUUCCUCAUACUUUCACUGUUGAACUGUAGCAUUUUGUUUUAAAAACAACUCACUGUAAAGUAAAUCAUACUUUUAUGUUACUUUCUGUUUAUUUUUAUGUUCCUUUCUGUUUGAUCUGUUCUGUUUGUUGUAGAAGAAUUUAUAAUUGAAAGACAAAUUAUCCAAAUAUCUGCCUGUGUCUGAGCUCUAAAUAAUUAGCUUCUUCAAAUUUAAGUUCAUUCUCUAGGAUGCUAGUUUAUUACUGAUUUCCCAAAAGCCAUACCUUAAAGAUAGCUUUCAGAGUCCUAAAGAGAUACACCAAUGCCAAACUAAAUAUGUUCUAUAUUCAAAACAAUAGACAUGCUACCAUUCAUUAGACAGAUGUCAUUUCAUGUAUGAAAUGUCCAUAUUAUUGGGAAAAUGUAAACUUUGAAUAUAAUACCACCAGAUCAUUUUUAGCAGGUAAAGUAACAAAAAUAUAAAUUCCAAUAAUAAUUAAACUAAAUGUAUUUAGAGUACUUGUUAGUAAAAGCAAGGUAAUAAUGUUAGUUAUUAUUAUCAGCUACACUCUAAAUACUUUAGUUAUUUCAUAAAUAAAGAUUGUGGGAAAAAUGAAAAUUUGCUAUUUACAAAACACUUAAAAUUUAAUUUCUAAUGAGAUGUUACAUUACUAAACACCAUCUGAUCUGAAGUUUCUGAAAAAAACAUUUGGAAUAUAUGCUGUCUAUAGUUGCAGUAUCUAUUACCCAUAUAUACUUUACCAAAUAUAUUUUUUCUGAACUGAAUAAGACUAUCCUUCUUAUAUUUUCUCCUUUGAUAAAGAUAUUUUCUCACCAAAGAUUAUUUUGUGAUGACCCAUUAGAUUUGAUACUGUUAAAAAUCUAUGGCACCUGUUCUUUAUGAAUUAUCAAUAUUAUUUAGCAAAUUUAAUUUGUAUCUGUUUUGUUAAAGUCAGAAUCUCAUUUUUCACAAAAAUGAAAUUGCUGCUCAGUUUAGUCUUUAACAUGAACAAUAACAUUUUCUUGCAGCUGAUUCUUGAUGUGCUGAUGAACUCUUAAAAAUGUUUGUUUCUUACACCUUUGCCCAUUAUGUAACAGACUGUAAUUUGUACUGAGUGCAGCAAAAUAUGUGGUCAAAUUUAUAAUUUAGUUCAUCACAUUAUAAGAAAAAAAAUUAAAUUAAUGAAAAUAUGAGCUUAGAUUGAGGGUAGAUCUCAAAAAUGUUUCUUUUCCUUUAGUCAUGGGAAUUUUCUUCACGUGCUAAAGGUACAUUUUCACUAAGAACAGAAAUCAAAUAGGCUUAUGCAAUAUUAUAUUUGUAUGUAUCCCCAUAAUGUUCUGUGGUGUAUAUAAGCCUUCUUGUUUGCUUUUUGUUAUCUGCUAAGUUGUACCUUAAUUAGAGGGUAGUAUAUGUUUCAUAAAGAAGUCUUUAUAAUUUUGUUUGUCAUAUAGUAUUUUGGAAUUUGUAUAAUGAGGAUGUUUA